UCGUCUCCGCUCGGCUGCGUCACUCGCUCACCGAGCUGACGACCACUAUAUUAAGCCCGCACCACCACCAGAUCGAUCGUCGUCGGGUGGCGGAGAUAGUAUAGUAGACGAUGUCGUCGGGCGGCGGGGACGGCGCGUCGCCGGCGGGGCGGCCGAGCCGGUACGAGUCGCAGAAGCGGCGGGACUGGCAGACCUUCACGCGGUACCUGGGCGCGCACCGCCCGCCGCUGCAGCUCCGCCGCUGCAGCGGCGCGCACGUGCUCGAGUUCCUCCGCUACCUCGACCGCUUCGGCAAGACGCGGGUGCACGCGCCGCCGUGCCCGGCCUACGGCGGCGGCGGCGGCCGGGCGGCGCCGGACGCGUGCCAGUGCCCGCUGCGCCAGGCGUGGGGCAGCCUCGACGCGCUCGUCGGCCGGCUCCGCGCCGCGUUCGACGAGCGCCACGGCGCCCGCGGGAGCGGGGCGGCGACCGCGCGCCCCGAGAACGCCGGCGACGGCGACGGCGCCAGCGCCAACCCCUUCGCCGCGCGCGCCGUCAGGCUGUACCUGCGCGACGUCCGCGACGCGCAGGCCAGGGCGCGCGGCAUCUCCUACAGCAGGAAGAAGAAGAAGCGGAACAAGCAGCCGCAGCAGGGCACCUGCGCGGCCGCCGCCGCCUCCGCAGGCUCCAAGCAGGACGGCGGCGGCGAGGGCGCGCUCCCUCACGCGAACAGCACGGCGUCAAUGGCUCCUGCGGUGCCGCUGCCGCAUCAGCAUUCAAAUCCUCCUCCGCCGCCGCCGGCGGCGUACCUCACCGGCGUGCCCUUCGAGUGCUGCGACCACGGCAGCGUCUUUGGAGGACCUACUGCCAACGGUGCGGCUGGCUUCUACCUGCCAUUGCUGUUCAACACGUUUGGCUAGCUAGCUAGGGCCUGCAUGCUCCAUGCCAUUGCCUUAGCUCCUCAAUCUUCACUUGCUUCCUCUUCUACUUUUGUGUAUGCAUGUGGCGGCCGAAUUGAUCUGAACACGUGUUCGUGUACGUGUUAUAGGGGGCAUUCAAGUGUUGGCGUUUUUAUUUGCAUUUGGUGUACAUUGAUUUAUCUUUCAAGUGGUUUCUGUAUUUGCAUUCA